AUGAGAGCUGUGGUGUGGAACUGUCGAGGUGCUGGGAGCCCCUUGACAGUUUCCCAACUUGAGGAGGUUGUGAGACUCCACUCCCCUGAGGUAAUUUUCUUAGCUGAAACUAAAAAUAAAAAAGAUGUUAUGAUUAAGAUGAAGAGGAGAUUGAAGUAUGAUAGUCUGUUUGUUGUUGAACCCAGAGGUAAGGCUGGAGGCUUGGCUGUACUUUGGAGAAAGGAGAUAGAAGUUAGGAGAGUUUUGUCCACUGAGUUUACUAUAAAGCUUAAUGUGGUAGGGAAAGGGAAUGAGGCAGAUUGGUGGUUUAUUGGGGUCUAUGCUAGUAGUACUGAUCAGGUAAGAGCACAUCAGUGGAAAGUUAUAGAAAAUAGAUCAACUAUAUGGGGUUCGAAUUGGAUCCUAGCAGGGGAUAUGAAUGAUAUUAUGUCUGGGGAUGAGAAAUGGGGUGGGAAGCUGAGAAGUGAGAAUAGUUUUAGAGAUUUUAGGAAAUUUGUUAAUGACAACCAGUUGAUAGAUAUUGGUUAUGAGGGGAUCCCCUGGACCUGGUGUAAUAAUUGGGAGGAGGAUGGGGAGGUCAAGGAAAGGUUAGAUAGAAUUCUGUGCAGUUGGGAUUGGAGAAGGGAGCAUGGUAAAGCUAAGUGUGUGCACCUGCAGAAUGAGGCUUCUAACCACUGUAUGUUGCUCUUGGAUACUGAGCCAAAGCACAGAAAAUGGAAACAGAGGUUUUCCUUUGAUAAAAAUUGGGUGCAGCAUAAGAAGGUUAGGGGCAUUAUUGCUUCAGCAUGGGGGAAACAGCAGAGGAGGUCUAGGGGUUUUAGGCUAAAACAGAAAAUUAAAGAGUGUAGGAUGGCAUUGUUACAAUGGAGGAGGCAUUACAAUGCCAAUGCUAAAACACAAAUAUGGAGGAUAAAGAAGGAAAUAACUGAGGUUCAUAGGGGACAGCAGGAAGAUAAAAAGGGUAGGUUGAGUACCCUGAAAAAACAACUCACUGAGGCUUACAGUAAUCCAAGGCAGGUUGAUGCAAUACUCAGUGGUAUUCCUCAGGUAAUCACAGCUCAAAUGAAUAACAAGCUCACCAAACCAAUCUCUGAGAUGGAAGUCAGGAAAGCUGUUUUUUCCUUACAUCCCAAUAAGGCCCCUGAACCUGAUGAUGACACCCUUAUCUUCUGUAGAGCCAGCAUUAAGGAGGCUGAACAAGUGAAGAGGAUCUUGGAGUUGUAUGAAGCAGCAUCAGGACAAAAGAUUAACACAGAUAAGUCAUCUGUGUUCUUCAGCAAAAACACUGAGGAAAGCAAUAAUGCAGAGAUCCUCAGAUUAUUAGGGGGAAUGAAGCAGGUGGACCAGAGUAAGUAUUUUGGGCUACCAAUGGUGAUUGGCAGAUCUAAAAGACAAGUCUUCAAUUAUAUCAAGGAAAGAGUGAUGGGGAAGAUCAAAGGGUGGAAAGAAAAGCUGUUGAGCCAGGCUGGGAAGGAAGUGCUGCUAAAGUCUGUGAUACUAGCAAUGCCUGCCUAUGCUAUGAGUUGCUGCAAGCUGCCUAAGAGCUUAUGUCAGGAUAUAAGUGGUGAAAUGGCUCGCUUUUGGUGGGGGGAGAGUGAGGGGAAGAGAAAGACUCACUGGGUGGAGUGGGGGAAGUUGGCUGAAAUAAAAGGGAAAGGAGGUUUAGGCUUUAGGGACUUGCUGGAUUUUAAUAGUGCCAUGCUAGCUAAGAUGUUAUGGAGAAUUCUGACACAGCCCAAUCUGCUAUUAAGCAAGGUGUUAAAGGGGAAAUACUUCAAAGGGGAAGCAAUUUGGAAGACACAGAUAAAGGCAGGGGACUCUUGGAUAUGGAAGAGCAUUAUGAGUGCAAGGGAGGUGAUGGAAAGAGGGGUUAGGAAGAGAGUUGGAGAUGGCACAACUGUGGAUAUCUGGAAAGAUAGGUGGAUCCCAGGUGAAGGUACGGGUAUGGUAGCCACUCCAAUGCCUGCAGGCUGUAAAAUCCUAAAGGUACAUGAACUAAUUCAAAACGGAAAGUGGAACAGAGCAAUGAUGGAAACUCUACUUAGUGAGGAAGACUGCAGGAAGAUAGAAGGAAUUCCAAUUAGUUUAUGUGCAGGGAAGGAUAAGUUGGUGUGGCCAUUUACAAAAUCUGGGCAGUAUUCUGUCAAAACAGGAUAUAUGCUGGCCAGAUAA